AUGCCUCGACCAGCCAUCUGCUCGCACUCCCUCGGACGAGCCUGGGUGCACGACCUGCCCUCCAAACUCGACCAAGCCGCCCGCCACGGCCUGGACAUCGAACUCUUCUACGAAGACAUGCUCUACGUCGCCCAAGACCUCCCCGGCGGCGCGACCCCCGCCAACCACAUCGCCGCCGCCCACCUCAUCCGUUCCAUGUGCGACCAACGCGACAUUGCCAUCAUCUGCCUGCAACCCUUCACGCACUACGACGGGCUCCGCGACCGCGCCCGCCACGCGGAGCGCGUGCAGGACUUCCGGCUGUGGCUCCAACUCGCUCCGAUCUUGGGCACACACCUCAUCGGCAUCCCGUCGACCUAUCUCCCCGAGGAGGAAGUCUCGGGCGACUACGACCUCAUCACCGCCGACAUGCAGGAGAUUGCCGAUCUCGCGCUGCCCCACGGGAUCGAACUGGCCUACGAAGCGCUGUGUUGGGGCACACACAUCGAUACCUGGGAGGCCACGUACGAGAUCGUCCAGCGAGUCAACCGGCCCAAUUUCAAACUCUGUCUGGAUACGUACAACAUCGCCGGCAGAGUCUACGCCGACCCCACCGCUCCCGGGGGGAAGAACCCGAAUGCCGAAGCAGAAAUGGCGGCCUCCAUAGCUCGAAUGGUACGCACCAUCAAUGUCGAAAAGUUGGCGUUCGUGCAAGUCGUCGACGCCGAACGGCUCUCUGCCCCGCUGGUGCCGGGACAUGAGUUCUAUGCUCCGGACCAGUGCGCUCGGAUGAGCUGGAGCAGGAACUGUCGACUCUUCUACGGCGAGCACGAGCGUGGCGCUUACCUUCCCGUCAAGGCCAUCUUGAAGGCCAUCCUGGUGGAUCUGGGGUAUAAAGGCCCCGUCAGCGCAGAGCUUUUCAACCGCAGCCUGGUGGAUCCCGCAGCAAGCGUGCCGGAAGAGCACGCUCGGAGAGCGACAGAGUCGUUCGAGAAGAUCGAGAGAGAUUUCGGUGUUGCCAGUGUGCCGAGGAAGAUUGAAGCUGCUUCUCCUCUGGAGCAGGCGCCGCGAGCUCAGCUAUAG